AUGAGUCUUUGCCCACUUGCACGAAAUAUGCAUAUUGCGCUCAACUAUCGGUGCCUAGGUGGGCUCGGUAGCGGCGCGGUAGAAGCAGAUGAUUCAAGGAUGGCCAUUGCAUUCUAUUCUCUUGCUGCCAUGGACCUAUAUGGGGUCGUUACUUCCAAGUCGAGCGAGAAAGACCGGGCAGAAUGGACUCAAUGGAUUUGGGCUCAAUAUACACAAACCGCGAAGGGUACCGGAUUUAGAGGAGGGGACUCUUUGGUACUACCUAAACCCAAUCCAAAAGCCUCCGUCCAAGCUCUACCGAGUUUAAUAAUGACCUAUGCUGCUAUCCUAUCGCUUGCGAUUCUCCGAGACGAUUUCUCCAAACUAGACAAGCGCGCACUGCUUGGCUUUGUGGCUAGUUGCCAGAAUACAGAUGGAAGUUUCUCUGCGAUACCCUGUGAUGAUGUUGGAGACCUUCGAGUCGUCUAUACUGCCUUUGUUAUUUGUUACCUCCUGGAUGAUUGGACCAGUAUUGAUGCGUCGGCAGCUCUCUCGUUCAUCCAUCGAUGUAGGAGCUACGAGGGCGGCUAUGGGCAAUCACCUGGAGAGGAGGCUCAUGGUGGAACAACAUACUGUGCCUUGGCAUCCCUAUAUUUAUGUCCCUUGGUGGAUGGUACCGGACUCGACUGCAAAUCAAAGAAGACAACUAUCAGGUGGCUUAGCCACCACCAAACUACAGGAUUCUGUGGGCGCACCGGAAAAACGCCAGAUUCGUGCUACAGUUUCUGGUGUGGUGCCUCGCUCAAAAUUCUCGAAGCCUCGGACUGCGUGGAUGUCGAAGCAAACGCCCAGUUUAUAUCACAAUGCCAAUUUCAAUUUGGAGGAAUUGCCAAGGUUCCAAAUGAGCGGCCAGAUCCACUUCACUCAUAUCUGAGUCUUGCUUCGUUGGCAUUAUAUCCCCCCACAACUGGGGAUGAUUCUUGGCGGCUGAAACCACUGGGAGCGGCACUAAAUGCCGAGGAGUCAACAUCACAAUGGUUAAUUACGCACCUACGUAAAUAA